UACUCACAUGUGAUGUCUGUGUCCCAAAUUUCAGACAAAACCCAGACCGACGGCGGAGAUCAAUGGACGCCAAGCCCAAUUUACCCUCCGCCGCCGAUGAAAUUGAGAUCAACCGCCAAGCUCCGACAAACUCCAAGGGCGGCCUCAUUACAAUGCCUUUCAUCAUAGCAAAUGAGGCGUUGGAGAAAGUGGCAACCUACGGCUCGCAGCUCAACAUGGUACUCUACUUAACGAACGAAUACAAAAUGAACUAUGUAAGAGCUUCGAAUCUCAUCCUUUUCUGGUCCGCCGCCACCAGUUUGUCUCCGCUCCUCGGCGCCUUCGUCGCCGAUUCAUACCUCGGCCGCUUCCUCACCAUUGCCAUUUCUUCCAUCCUCAGUAUUCUGGGGAUAGUUCUGCUAUGGCUAACGGCUAUGAUUCCGGGGGCGAGGCCUCCGCCGUGCGAUCAAUACAAGCAGCGUUGUGAAGGCGCUGGGUCGGGACAGUAUACUCUAUUGUUGUUAGCAUUUUUUCUUACAGCGAUAGGUGCCGGUGGGAUAAGGGCGUGCUCGAUGGCGUUCGGGGCAGACCAGAUCCUUAAAAAGGACAGCCGCGACAACGCUCGAUUGUUGGAGAGCUUCUUUAGCUGGUACUACGCAUCGUACGCUGUAUCGAUUCUGGUGGCGUUUACGGGCAUUGUGUAUAUUCAGUCGAACAUCGGGUGGAAAGUGGGAUUUGGCGUGCCGGCGAUCUUGAUGCUCUUCGCCGCCGUUUUGUUCGUCGUCACGUCGCCGUUGUAUGUCAGACGGAACGCUAGCAAGAGCUUGUUCGUCGGGUUGGUUCAAGUGGCUGUGGUCGCGUACAAGAAUCGAGAGCUCGAGUAUCCUCGGGAUGGAGAUGCCGGGUAUCGUUACUUGCCGGGAUCGUCGAAUGCGUCUCCGAGUAAAAAAUUGAGGUUUUUAAACAAGGCGUGCAUCGUGAAGAAUCCUCGCGACGUAACCUCCGCGGGAGAUUCGGCGAAUAGUUGGAAUCUUUGUUCGACGGAUCAAGUCGAGAAUCUAAAAGCCCUAAUCACGGCGCUCCCGAUAUGGUCGACCGGGGUGAUGGUCGCUAUAAGCACGACGCAAAACGCGUUCCCCGUGCUCCAAGCGAAUUCAAUGGAUCGACACCUUACGCGCGGCUUCCAAAUCCCGGCAGCCUCGUUCGUGAUGUUCGUGGUCCUCAUGGUAACGCUGUGGGUCGUGUUGUACGACCGCGUAAUCAUCCCGUUAGCAUCCAAAAUCGCUGGCAAGAAAGUCCGGCUCGGAGUCAGACUAAGGAUGGGCAUCGGGAUCUUCUUGUGCAGCCUGUCGAUGGCGGUUUCGGGGCUAGUCGAGCACGUCCGGAGGAAGAAGGCGGUCGAGCAAGGAUUGGCCAACAACCCCGUCGGGAUCGUCAACAUGUCAGCGAUGUGGCUGAUCCUGCAGUACUGUCUGACGGGUUUGGCGGAGGCAUUUUUUGCGAUCGGGCAGAACGAGUUUUUCUACACGGAGUUCCCGAAGAGCAUGUCGAGCAUCGCGUCGUGCUUGAACGGGGUGGGUAUGGGGGUCGGGAACUUGGCGGCGAGCGUGGUGCUGAAUACGGUGGAUCGGGCGACGUCGUCGGGAGGGAAAGAGAGCUGGGUUUCGAAUAACAUCAAUAAGGGGAGAUUCGAUUAUUACUACUGGUUGAUGGCGGCAAUGGCGUUUGGGAAUCUGUUUUAUUACAUCUUCUGCAGCUGGAGCUAUGGCCGUUGUGCUGAUGCUGAUGCUGUGGAGGACACCAAAAGGACAACACACGUUAGGGAAGAAGAAGAAGAAGCAUGAAAAUCAGGUUCGUCUUCUCCAUAACAAUAUUAUUAUUAUUAUUGAAUUAUAAAAUGUAUUAUCUCACCAAUACUCCAUUGUUGACUAAUACAAAAUAUAGCAAUUCAUUUCGGGGGAAUUAUUCCGAUUGUGUUCAUACUUUUAUUUUUGUUCAACAAUUUAUCUUAAAUAUAUCAGGGUGGUUAUAGUGCUGUCACCACGUCAAGCAAUGAUAUUACACAGUACAUACUAAUAAAAUAGCAGUCUGCCCGGAAGAGAUGUCUUGGUUGUACGGGAGCCAUACGUGUAACUGUGAGAUCA